AUGGAGCGCGCGGGCGCUGCCCUAGCCCACGGCGUCGGUGGUGGGCUAACCUGCGCGGCGAGCGGCGCUCCGCCCUGGCUGGGGGCGCUGGCGACUCGAGUACUGCACCGCAUGCUGCCCCCGGACACCGACGCCGGCGCCGCCCUGCAGCGCUUCCUGCUGCAGCUGCUGGGCCCGCGCUUCGCCGAGCUGGGCCUGGAGCCGCGCGCGGGCGAGCCGGCGCCCGACGCCCUGGCGCGCCGUCUGCUGGCGCGGUGGGCGUGUGCGCUGGGUGACGCCCGCUGCGUGCGCGCCUCCGUCGCCCACUUCGCCCGCUGGCGCAAGCUCCCCGACGAACACACGAUCCCGGCGGACAUGCGGUCGGUGGUGCUGUGCACGGCGGUGGAGCACGGCUCGGCCGCCGACUGGCAGUUCCUGUGGGAGCGCUACGCCAACGCCACGUCCAGCGCCGAGCGCUCGGGCGUGCUGCAGGCGCUGGGCUGCUCGCGCGACCCCGCCACCCUCUCCAGAUUUUUGCAAAUGUCAAUACAGAAAGAUUCAGCAAUCCGUAAACAGCAUAGUGCGUCAGUGUUUGAAGCCGUUGCCAAAAAUCCUGUAGGACACAACAUCGCCAAGGAGUUUCUCAAGAAUAACAUUGACCGCAUUCAAUCACAUAUCGGUACCAACCCGUUCCACCUGCCUCAGUUGCUUCAAGCGUUGGCCUACCGCAUGAAUACUCCAGAAGAAUUACGAGAGGCGGAGCACGAAGACUCGCUGCGGGUGGCGACGCGCACGCUGCAGCAGUCGCACGAGGCGGUGCGCUUCAACAUCGACUGGGUGGGGCGCCACCGCGACGACAUCGCCGCCUGGCUGCGCACCGCGCCCCAGGCCGCGCCCACGCGC